UUCACGCUGGGUUGUGGCGUCCCGGUCCCCAAGGGUCAGAGCCCUGCUCCGUGCCAGGAUUAUGGCAUCCUCAUCCCUGUGAGUCAGACCUGUUCCACACUGGGGUGAUGGCAUCCCAGUCCCCAAGGGUCACAGCCCUGCUCCGCCCCCUUUCUCAGCCAGAAAUAACUUCUGUCCCGUGGUUGGACCUUGGCAUCUGGGCUGGAGCCCAGCACGGGUUGGGGCGAGAAGCAGGAGCCCAAGGGUGCCGUGAAGGGCCAGCAGAGGCCACCGAGUGCUGGUGGCUGCAGCUUGGCUUCAGCCUCAUCCCCAGCACAGCAGGAGAAGCAUCUUCAGUGCCCCAGUAGCAUCUGGGGUAUCCCCUGGCCAGGUAGGGAAGCCAGAGAGGAUCCAUCCCCCUCUCACAGAGCUGCCCCAGGAGCACAGCAGCAAGUGAUGGCCAUCAUGAGACCGGGCCCUGAAGAUGCCUCCUCAGAGCCCCAGCUGGACCUGGGGAAGAAGAUGAGCACAACACACGACCUGAUGAUCGAGGAGCUCUCCCUGCCGAACAACCGUGGCUCCCGGCUCUUCCAGCAGCGCCAGAAACGGGUGCAGCGCUUUGUCUUUGAGCAUCCCAGUGGCUCCAGGCAGCUCUCAGGGCAAGGGGCAGGCAGCUCCCACACUGGGAGAGGUGGUCCAGAAGGAACAGUGAAUGAACAGAUGACAGGUGAGAAUGUUGGGGGUCAGGAGAAUUAUCACUCCGAGCUCCACGUAGCAGCAUCACCCCAAGGUGGCCCCCCAGAAGUACCCAAAAAGUCAGAGAAGGUCUUGCACAUGAGCAAAGUCCUGAACCCCAGUGCCCUGGCCCCAGGGUACUCCAGCCCCCUCAAAGAAAUCCCUCAUGAGAAGUUCAAUGCCACUGCCAUCCCCAAGGGCUACCGGUCCCCGUGGCAGGAGCUCUUUGGUGACAGGGACAACGCUGUGUCUAGCAAGAACCCGCCACCCAUGAGACCCCCUGCGUGGGACUUCAGGAGCUUCAACAGGACUCCAGCCCCGUUUGACAGGGCGCUGGUUGGUGAGCUGUUCUCUUUGCCCACCGUAGAGCUGGAUAACCUGAGUGUGCUGGAGGUGAUUUCCCACAGGCCCAACUUCAACAGGGUGGCCCAAGGCUGGGUGCGGAUCCUGCCGGAGAGCGAAGAGCUGUAGGACGUGCACUCCUUUCCCCACGGCCACAGAUGGUUCUCUCACUGGGCUUGGACACGCUCGCACGGGAUGGGAGGGGAGGGAGGGCAGGAAUCCUUCAUGGAAGCUCAGCUGGUGGGUUUGGGUCAUCAUCUUUGAGUGGGGUUUGAAUGAGCUCAAGUGUGGGACUAUUCUGAGUUCCCCUUGCAGUUAGUGCCAAGCCAACCAGCCAAAUCCUCGCUGUUAAUCCAGCAGAUCCCUGCAAGCUCCCGUACAAAACAUCCUGUACAGCCUGUCCUCUUUCCUGCCUCAUGGAAAACAGCAGCACCACCAGCUGCAACACACCAAAGCUGCCUCACUGCAUCCUCACUGGCACAUGAGACCUGCUCGGACAGCUGGUGCUUUUGCAGAGAAAUUCCAUCUUCAGGACAACUCUGCAUCUGUCAUUCCAGUCAGGACGCAGACAGGAGGCAAUAAUGGAAGAGCAGUAUCAAAACAAGUUACUUGAGGCAUUGGCAUGUUUAAAGCAGCUACCCUGAGCUUGGCUGGACAACAAAAACAAAUGGAGUUGGAAUCUACCUGCUUACCAACACAGCACAGUCACGGCAGAUGGGAGAGGAAUGCUGGGAGUUGGAAACUUGUGCUGUUUUCCAGAAGCUACUGGCUAGCACUUGGCAACUAUUUCCCCCCUCAUACUGCUCUUUGCAUGUCUUGCUUGAACAUCUAAUCUAGCUCUUGGAGUGACUUAUGACAGAUUUGCUUCAUGUAGUUGGUCAAUGAUCAGGCCCGACCUGGACCUGCUGCCCUGCAGAACCACACCAGCGUGAGGACGCUGCCAGGGUGUUCUGGUAACUUCAACACCAGUGGGAAGGAAAAGCAGCACGGCUGUGCCUCCAGAGCAAGCACAGGCUUCCCUGGGAACGUGAAAAUCAGCAACGAGGAUCCAACUGCACCAACAUUUCCAGCAGUGACACACAGUGGAACGUGCAGCUAACAACAGCCUACAAUCACCAGAAUACCUGGGGAACCCCAUUCACAAAAACCUCUGACUCAACACAGGCUUCCUUCAAUUGCUUUUGUCAGGUUCUUAAUGUUACCCUUUCUUAUACUCUCAAAAGCACCAGGAUAAAAGUUCUUUUUUCCACCACUGUGGUUAAAUGGGGCAAGUAAACGUUGUGGUAAAAAUGCAGUUAGUAGCUGCCUCAUUUGUGAAGUUCGUAAUGCUGUGCAGAGCAAACCCCACACAGGGAUUCUGCUGCCACAACAUAUCAUUCAGGUGGGAAGCUUUCAUUACUCUGUUUCCCACAGAAGCAGGAGGGGGCAAGCAAACGGAAAGAAAAAUGGUUUGUUCCUUAGAAACAAUAAAUCUAUGAUGCUUAACUGCU